UUGUCUUUUGAAGGCAUAAAGUUCAGAAACAAAAUAACAGCCAAGCGGGAAAAGCACCAAACCCCUCCGCCCUCGCUGUGCCCGCACUAUAAUUUGAGAUCGGAGCCCCGUGGUGAAAGCACCCACUCCGCUUUCCCAGUUUCCGAAAACCUAUCAACUCUGAUAAUAAAUCCGAUCAAAUCGGUCAGCCAAAUGCAAUUCUUUGGAGGCACGGAAAUCAGUCCAUCCCCGCCGGCGCCCACCGCAUCUGGGAACAAUGCCCACAUGCUCUACAUUUUCAACAGAAAUGGAGUCUGCUUACUAUACAGAGAAUGGAAUCGCCCCCUCAAAACCCUAAGCUCGCAGCAAGAUCACAAGCUCAUGUUCGGUCUCCUUUUCUCCCUCAAGUCCUUGACCGCUAAAAUGGAUCCCACUAGUGCGGAAAAAGGGAAUCUUGGGGUGCCACAGCUGCCUGGACAAGGGUGUUCAUUUCACAGUUUUCGAACCAAUACAUACAAAUUGAGCUUUAUGGAGAGCCCAUCUGGGAUCAAGGUUGGUUAA